AGAAGAGCCGGAGGCUGUUUCCCUCUCUGCGGCCCUGGAAGGCGACCCGGCGGCUGUGGAGGACGCGCUCGGCUCGCAAGGCGGCGCAGGACCUAAGGGAGACAAGGGUGGAGGCAGAGACACCAGUUAAGAAGCUACUGCAGUAAUUCAGGUGCCUCUUCUCCAGACAUGGAGCCCAGCUACGGGGGAGGUCUCUUUGACAUGGUGAAAGGAGGCGCAGGGAGGCUCUUUAGUAACCUCAAGGACAACCUGAAGGACACCCUUAAGGAUACAUCAUCUAGAGUUAUACAAUCUGUGACCAGCUAUACGAAGGGAGAUUUAGACUUCACUUAUGUAACCUCCAGAAUUAUUGUGAUGUCCUUUCCUCUGGACAGUGUUGACAUAGGAUUCAGGAAUCAGGUAGAUGACAUUCGAAGCUUUCUGGACUCCAGACACCUUGACCACUACACAGUCUACAACCUGUCGCCUAAGUCUUAUCGAACCGCCAAGUUUCACAGCCGGGUCUCAGAAUGCAGCUGGCCCAUUAGGCAGGCCCCCAGUCUGCACAACCUCUUUGCCGUGUGUCGGAAUAUGUACAACUGGCUGCUGCAGAAUCCCAAAAAUGUCUGUGUUGUCCACUGCUUGGAUGGACGAGCAGCCUCGUCAAUUCUGGUUGGUGCUAUGUUCAUUUUCUGCAAUCUCUACUCAACUCCUGGCCCAGCUGUUCGAUUGUUGUAUGCAAAGCGACCAGGAAUUGGACUUUCACCAUCCCAUAGGAGAUACCUGGGCUAUAUGUGUGACCUUCUAGCUGACAAACCCUACCGCCCUCACUUCAAGCCUCUCACGAUUAAGUCGAUUACUGUCAGCCCAAUACCUUUUUUUAACAAGCAAAGAAAUGGGUGUCGUCCUUAUUGUGAUGUGCUGAUUGGAGAAACCAAAAUAUAUUCGACCUGCACAGAUUUUGAAAGAAUGAAAGAAUACCGUGUUCAAGAUGGAAAAAUCUUCAUUCCCUUGAACAUCACUGCUCAAGGAGAUGUGAUUGUUUCCAUGUAUCACUUGAGGUCAACCAUCGGGAGCCGGCUGCAGGCAAAGGUGACCAAUACACAGAUAUUCCAGCUUCAGUUUCAUAGUGGGUUCAUACCACUGGAAACAACAGUCUUAAAGUUCACCAAGCCUGAGUUAGAUGCAUGUGAUGUACCAGAAAAGUAUCCUCAGCUAUUUCAGGUGACACUGGAUAUAGAAGUACAGCCUCAUGACAAAGUGAUAGACUUAACCCCACCAUGGGAGCAUUACUGCACAAAAGAUGUCAACCCCAGCAUCCUCUUCUCUUCUCACCAAGAGCAUCAAGAUACUCUGGUCUUGGGAGGACAGCCUCCAAUAGAUAUCCCUCCAGACAACCCCAGACAUUUUGGGCAAGGUGGCUUUUUUGCCUCUCUCUGUUGGCAAGAUCAGAAAUCAGAGAAAUCAUUCUGUGAAGAGGACCACGCUGCCCUAGUGAAUCAGGAAAGUGAGCAGUCGGACGACGAACUUCUGACCCUUUCUAGUCCUCAUGGAAAUGCCAAUGGCGACAGACAUCAUGGAGCCAAGAAGCCCAGCAAAAAACAGCAGGAGCCAGCUGUCCCUCCACCCCCAGAGGAGGUGGAUCUGCUGGGCCUAGAGGGGUCGGAAGUGAGUAAGAACUUCUCACCGCCGGCAGCUCCUCCCACCAAUUCUGAACUGCUGAGUGACCUGUUUGGGGGCGGAGGUGCAGCUGGUCUUGCCCAGGCUGGACAGUCAGGGGUGGAAGACGUGUUUCAUGCUAGUGGACCUGCAUCUGCCCAGUCAACACCACGCCGCUCUGCCGCUUCCACCUCUGCAUCUCCAACCCUGAGAGUGGGGGAAGGUGCCACCUUUGACCCAUUUGGCGCACCUUCUAAGCCUACAGGUCAAGAUUUGCUGGGUUCUUUUCUAAACACUUCCAGUGCUUCUAGUGACCCCUUUCUUCAGCCCACAAGAAGUCCUUCACCUACAGUGCAUGCUUCUAGUACACCUGCCGUGAACAUUCAGCCGGAUGUUUCUGGAGGUUGGGACUGGCAUUCUAAACCAGGUAAAGGAGGCUUUGGAAUGGGAAGCAAAUCAGCUGCCACCAGCCCAACAGGGUCCUCACACGGCACUCCCACCCAUCAAAACAAACCCCAGACUCUGGAUCCUUUUGCUGACCUUGGGACACUAGGUAUAAACUUAGCAGGUAGUUCUUCAUUCGCCAGCAAACCCACCACCCCAACUGGAUUAGGUGGAGGAUUUCCACCUCUGAGCUCACCACAGAAAGCGUCUCCCCAGCCCAUGGGUGGAGGGUGGCAGCAGGGAGGCGGCUACAGCUGGCAGCAGUCGCAGUCCAAGCCACAGUCCAGCAUGCCUCACUCCUCGCCCCAGAACCGACCCAACUACAACGUGAGCUUCUCAGCCAUGCCUGGAAGCCAGAACGAACGUGGAAAAGGAUCAGCUAACUUGGAAGGAAAACAAAAAGCAGCUGAUUUUGAAGACCUGCUCUCCAGUCAAGGUUUCAAUGCUCACAAAGACAAAAAGGGGCCUCGAACAAUAGCUGAGAUGAGGAAGGAGGAAAUGGCCAAGGAGAUGGACCCUGAGAAAUUGAAGAUUCUGGAAUGGAUUGAAGGCAAAGAGAGAAAUAUCAGAGCUCUUCUCUCCACGAUGCACACUGUGCUGUGGGCUGGGGAGACCAAGUGGAAACCAGUUGGCAUGGCAGACCUGGUAACACCGGAGCAGGUGAAGAAGGUGUACAGGAAGGCAGUGCUGGUUGUGCACCCAGAUAAAGCUACUGGGCAACCCUAUGAACAAUAUGCAAAGAUGAUUUUCAUGGAGCUGAAUGAUGCCUGGUCUGAAUUUGAAAACCAAGGCCAGAAGCCCUUGUAUUAAUUUAUGAGCUUUCCUGUCUUUGCUGCAGACCUGUGCUAAUGCUUAGUGUGUAUCACAAUUCCGAGGUUUUCACAGAUGAACCAAAAACUCCAGUAACAUGUUUCCAGUACUAGGCUGUUAAGUUACUCUUGAAUUAAUUUCUCAUUGAUAAGAACUGUGGAUGUUUGGUUUCUGGAAGUCCCUAGCAGAAUAGGUCCAAAGCAGGAGAGAACUUUCAGUCAGAGGACACUACCGAGUUCCCACAUUCCAGCUUGCUCUCUGGGGAGCCUACUCAGUAUUUUGCAUGGGGGGAAAUGGAAAACAGAGCCCACCAAAGGUAAAGGCUUAACACCCAGCUGUCUGAGAAUAGAGAAUAGGAUUAGGAGGCUGAAGUUACCAGAAGAGGAGUACGUGAUGGUUUUAAAUAAUGGUUUUUAGAUUUUCUUGGAAAGAUAGAAUUUCAGCAAUGGCUUUACACAAACUCCAGGAAUACAACCAUCAAGUGUUUUUGUUUUAAAAAAUGAAAUUUACUAUGGCCUUUAGCAUAAUACUGUACAUGUCUCUUGGUAAAGAGGCCUAAAAAAAAAUCAAAGAACUUGAAUUGUUGGAAGUAAUUACACUACAAAUCUGAUGGUUACCACCAACUCUUCCUGGAUACGCUCACAAACUAGUGGAAAUGCUGACGGGAGAAAACAGUCUGAAGAUGUAGAAAUCUGUGUUCCUGGACAGGAUGUUGGGCUGCUACCCUCCUUUCCUUUCAAAAACUGUGGUGAUUAAAGCAAAAGUCUCAGCUCCAUAACAGCUCUAGACCUGAUUUGGAAAAAACUUCUAAUUUUGCCAUAAGGUGUAAUACUCUUCCUUUUGCUUAGCCAAAAAAACCCAUUCUUAACUGGAAAUUGUAAAGCAGUUGGGCCCGUUCACAGUUUUUCAGGGCCCAUACGUAGCUUGGAGUCAGUGGUCUCUAGGUUUGUGGGUGGUCAUAGUGAGACACUGGGAGAUAACCCUGAGAGAGUACUGCUCACAGGAAAGGUACAGUGGCAGUGAGAGAGCUGGCGUGCCUUCAAACCCAGGCAGGUGCUCUCAGUAUUUGGGCAAUCCAAGUCCCCGCCAACCCGGUCUGGAGCAUCUGGACCCUCUGGUCCAGAUUGUUACAGUGGGGUUUAUUAUUUAUAAAGUGGCAGGGGGCCUGCAGGGACCAUACUCAAACAGGGACCUUUGUGAAAGCAACGCCAGAACGAAACCUUUUCAGACCCUAAACUGGCUGGAUUUCAGUUCAGUGUUUUGGCUGAUUCUUGUUCCGGAGAGUGAGCGGUUUGCUGUCCUGUGGCUGGAGUAGAUCUCUUUGGAUGUGCACAUAUACAAUAUGCCAUAGAGAGAGAGAGAGCAGAUGGGCAUACAGAGUUUCAUGCUAAUCUUAAAAGGUUUAUGCUCAAUAUUGUGAAAGGCUUUCAAAAGUUGUUUUUAAGACAAUCAUGUUUUGUUUCUGUUUAAUUUUCUUGUGGCAAACUGUACCAGAAAAGCAGCAUGUCAAAAAUACUUUAGGUUCUCUCUAGAGCUCUUUUUUUUUUUUCAUUAUAAAGGUUUAUUACUUGUUUUACCUUUCAUUGACAAUGUGAAACUUGCAGAAAAUAUUCUUUUAAAAUAUACAGCUGUAAACUGUUCAAGAUAACCAUAUCUAGGUGUUAUUUAUUAACAUACUAUAAAAUAAUGUUUGAUCCGAUAUGUGCUUGUCUUAUUUAAAAUUGGAAUGUGAGACAUGUUGCUGUGAUCUUUUUUCCUCGUUUACAUUUGUAGAUAUUGUGUGAACUACAGUAUAUAACAAUAAUUAAAGGAUAUUAUGUGGAUGUCACGUACAUUUUGAAAUGAUAGAACUAAAUUAGCUUUGUAUCAUGUUUGGAUAAUUCAUCAAUGUUCACAGUUUAAAACCAUCAUUAAACUUUAUGUAAUUAGCAAUGAGAAAGAAUCUUACUUAAAUUUGGGAACUUCCCCCUUCAUCUCUUUCCCAGAUGAAUUAUAAUUCUGGACCCCUAUUUAUCUCAAAACUAUUAACAUGUGCAGACCAACAGGUUUUUUCGUUACUUUUAAAUACCUGGUUGUGUCAGAGCUUGUUGUUGAUCACAUUCACUGUUUCAUUCAUAUUUAUUGUAAUAUAUUUUUUGUUUUGUAAAUAUGUUACACACAACAAAAUGUGAUUGGUCUAAAAUAUUUGUAAUGUAUAUUA